AUGGCUGUAAUCGCCUGGCUGAUCGUUCUCUUUUUGGGCAUCCAGUGCAGUGUUGGGGAGAUUACUGUGGGCUGCCUGCAAUGGGACCUAAAGGGGAGCGAUGUUUGCUGUAAAAGCUGUCACCCAGGAAAUCGCCUAGUCGAGGAGUGUGGUCGAACCCCAAAAGACCUUUGUACACCCUGUGAGCCCGGGACCUAUACAGUGCAUCCUAAAAAGUACAGGUGUUACCCUUGUACACAGUGUGUAGGUGCUCAGGUCCUUCUAGAAGCCUGCACUGCCACAACUGAUACCAAGUGUGGCUGUAGAGAAGGACUUACUUGUGGUGAUGAAAGGUGUUCCUUCUGUGUGAAGACGUGUGAAAAAGGCUUUGAACCUACAGUUAAUCGUGACUGCAGAAAAUGUCCAAAUGGAACUUUUAACGACAAAGUGCACCAGAAGUGCAAACCCUGGAGUACCAAGUGCUCCAAUCCAAAUGAGCAGAUUGAGUUCAAAGGAGAUGCAUUAAAUGACAUUAAGUGUGUUCCAGUUAUAACUGAGAAAACACGUGGCCAAAAAGAUGUAUCAUCUGAUGCUCAGGACCCGAUAUGGCCACUGUUUGUUAUCGUUGGCAUGCUUGUGCUGUUCCCCGUCACCAUCAUCAUUAUCAUGAUCGUGGCUGUGAAAAACCUCCAGAAAAGAAAGAAGACAAAAAAGAGAAUUCAUGAAAAAAUCAUUGUAAACCCUACAGAUGAUCCCAGGACAUUAAUUGCAAUAGAGUGCAGUUUCCAUGAGGCUCAGCAGGAACAGGGCAGCACUUGCAGCUCAGAGUCACUGGACUCUAAGGACUCUUCAGAGCAGCUGAUUGCAUGAAU